AUGGCCGUGGGUGGCUGCGCUGGCAUGGCCGGUAGGCUCGUGGAGUCGGCAGCGCUCCUUCUUGGUCUCCAUCUCUUUCGUGUACCUCGCCCUGAUGUAUUUGUUGUUCAGAGUUUCAUGAACACUACACACAACCACUAUCAGUUCAGAUGUCAUAAUCCACCCUCUGUCCCAACACUGGCUGCUGUAAAACUGGCAAGCUGGCUGAGAGGUGCUAAAUUUAUUGUGGAUUGGCAUAACUUUGGAUAUACAUUGCUGGGGUUGUCGCAUGGCAGAAGUCACAUUAUAGUCAAAAUAUAUUUCUGGUUUGAGAAGCACUUUGGGCAGAUGGCUGAUGGUGCCUUUUGUGUUACAAAAGCAAUGCAGCAUGAGCUUGCUCAAAAUUGGGGAAUCAGGCUAGGGAAUUCCAUCUGUAGUGCUAUGGGCAAUGCUGAUUGCAAAUCAGUGGGUGAAGUCCGCAGGGCAGAUCUUGCCGCAGUAGUUGAGGAGGAGACUGAGGUCGACGGGCACGUUGAGGUUGAUGCCCAGGAUGUUGGCCUUGAUGGCGGUGCAGAGGCAGACGGCGGCGUCCAGGUCGAUGAGGCCCUCCAGCAGCGGACAGCACUGGUCGUUCUUCGGGGGGAUGUUGAGCUUCAGUAG